AUGCCAAUAUACGGACCAAUUAAAAAAAAACAUAAGACUUGGCAUGACGGUAAGCUGAAAUAUUUUGAGGUAAAUAAUCGGUUCAUUCUUUACACCGAGGAAAGCAACAUAGUCUUGGCAUCCGAAUUUGUUACAAAUUCUAAAGCGGUCAGAUCAUUUUUGGACCCUGAAGGGUUUGACAUCGAAGAACACCAAAUAUUUGCAAGGUUUCUCAUAAUCAUCUCUGAUGUUAUUUCAGACUACACGAGAGAAGUACAAACAACAAGAGUUCAACAUCCUGAUAAUACUACCAAUGUACCGACUACAUUAGGUAUGAAGAUGACUACUAAUGAUAACCGUAAUGGUAAAUUAUUGAAAACGAACCCGACUGUUGUUAAGCGCCAGCUGAUAACACCAAUUUCAAAUUCAAAAAUCAACGGUUUUUCUCAGAAUCGUAUGAAGUCAAAUGAAUCGCCCUCUCCAACGUUGGCUUUGAAAGUAAAUAGACCAUUUAAAGCUCCAAGAAUGAUUACUAGGGAGAUCUCAUCUCAACAGUUAUUUAAUAGGCCAAGUAAAAGGGAUUUGUCCACAAAUAUUAUUGAUGUACGUCAUGGACCAGAAACAGGUACACAAGUAAGUCCUACCGAACCAAUAAAAAAUAAUUCUAUCCGACAAACUGUCAGACAAGAAAAACCGCAUGUUUUGACACAGAUGCCUACUAAGAAAACCACUAUGGUCCGCCGUUUCCAACUUGAACGAGUGAACUCUAUUGGAAACAAAAGAAGGACUAAAAUUGUGCAUACUGGAAUCAGCAUAUGA